AUAACCCUGCGCCGACCAUCCACCUCUUCUACCCCCUCCCAAGACACUCCCCUCGCCCCACCUACCCUCUCUUGGCUAAGCGGUCACUGGAAUGUAACCCACAGCACCCUCCCAAUGUGGAAGAAAUCACGAAACGUGAUCAUAACCUACACCACACUCCCUUCUACCGGCUCAGCCGGCGGACUCGGUCACCGUUCCGGGACACACAUGGACGACGAAGUCAGCUAUCAGGCACUAGAUAAGAGCAAGGUGAAAGUGAGCACGGUGAGGGGCGUUGACAAACCCUUCCCCACCACACCUACUUCCCCGACUGCUCCACCGGCUGCCAGCCAAAUGGACGAAGAACUAGCCUCGCUAGGGUAUAAUUGGAGAGGAAAAGGGUGGCUCAUGAUCGCAUCCUCAAAAUGGGAGAUCCUAGGCUACGGCUCCGAGUCAGGUACACAAAACGACUGGGUAGUAACCUACUUCGCAAAGACAUUGUUCACGCCCGCCGGGGUGGAUUUCUACUCGCGGCGCGGCCAGCUGCGUCCGGAGACGGUUGCGGGGAUCGAGGACGCGAUUAGAGGGUUGGGCGGGGAUGUAGCGAAGUUGGUGGGCGAGGUGUUUGAGGUUGCGUUUGAUGGGGAGAGGGAG